CUGGACCAGCGAUCGGGUAAAGGGAAAUAUGCCCAUUAAUCACUUUGCCCCAGAAGCGCAUGACAACAGACAGAGCAAUCAUCCAAAUGAGUACAAAAGAGUGCAAACUUGCAUCAUGCGCCUGGAAUUCCUAAGGAGGCUAACAGAUGGUUGAGGCACAUAGUCGUUCGAAAAGUAUGAAGCAUUAAUCACGGUGGUAAGAUACGACAGAUGAAGGGGAAACUUGCCAGAAACACUUCGAGUGUGAAUAUGGACAGAUAAUAGAAUUUAACAGGGUUAUACUCUCUUUAGAAAGAUCUCUGACUUGAUCGUUGGAUACCUAACAGGCUCAAAAAGCCUCAUGCGUCUCUUUGUGUAGGCUUGUGUGCCCCCAAAGUUCCUCGUGGUUCUAGAGCCAAAGAAAGGAAGCUGGAAUCGGAGUUUAGUGUUAAAAAUCCGUUAAAUGUUGUAUUCAUAUAGGAAAAAUUGUAAGUUUGGUCACUGCUAAAUUUUUUCACAUUUGCCUCUAAUUUUUUUUAUUCCAUUCGUGGUUAGUUUACUUUAAUAGUUCAAGUUUGGUCGCUGGUUAUUACAUUAUGUCAGACUUUGUUAGCAACGUAUUUUUUUUUUGCUGACAUGGCUAGCCGAAAUCAAAAUGUCUAGUCACCCAGUUAAAAAAAAUAAAUAAAUCGGCCCGUCACAUCAUAAGAACCCACCAUGUCAUUUUGUUUAGAGGCCGAAAAUCAAUCAUGUCGGUCGUACUUGUGAUAGUCCACCCAAUUUUAUUAUCGGUACUAGUUAUACCAUAUUCAACCGAGCGGCAUUCCACCGGUGUGAGUGACGAGCAUGACCAAGGUUGUCAAACCGGAUUAAACUAUCAAGGCGAUUUGAUAAGUGAUUUGAAGUUUAAUGAUAAGAUCGGGUUCAACCAUUUCAAGUUGGUUUUAACAUAAAGUCAAAUAAAUUAUGCAUAUAUUUGACAUAUUUCAAAACAAACUCACUAAUAUGCAUUCAUAUAUUGCCAAAUUAUAAUAUGUAUUAUAAAUUUAUCAAUUCUCAUCUCCAAAUCUAGUUUUGACUGGUUAUACCGUCAUGAUUUGUCUAAUCCGAUUUUGAUUGUUCCCAUAACCCUACAAUCAGAAUGUACUCUGACUGUUAAAUUGUCUAGUUCUUGUUCAACCUGAUUCAACCGGCCGACCGGAUAUUGGUUUGACAACCUUGAGCAUGACGCCAGCUCUACCAAACAUAUCUCCAAAACACCCCGCAUCAACCCAAACCCCUAAUGGCCAUGGGGUUGGUGGUAGUCGUUGUGGACAAGCGGGGUAGACCAACAGAAAUGAAAAAUCCACACCACUGGUUCAUUAGCCGAAGGGGAGGGAGGUCCAAGUCCAACACUCCAUAUUUUUGUCUAACCUUUCCUUCCUUGGCUCGUAUCGUAGACUCUUUAGUCAUCGUCUCAAUAUCAUCAGCUACUCCAGCUUAUCCUCGACCUCACCAACCAGCUCCAAUGGAUCCCAAUCGCCAAAUCCUCCAAGAUCCAGUCCCCAAGUCUUCUCCCCCAGAAGAAGAACACCCAAAUGAGCUCGCCAUUGCUCAUCAGUCACAGUGCUCUUCCACCUCCCACUCCGCCGCCGCAGCAGCAUCGCCAUUCGCCGCCGCGUCUCUCUCCAUCUCACUCUCCACAAUCCUCCCGACCCACUUCUUCACCCCGACCAGAAUUCAGACGCUCUUCGCCGCUGCUUCUCCUAGCAAGGUCAAAAUCCCAACCCAGGCCGCUUCCCUUUCCCACCUCUCCAUUUCCUCUUCCUCCCCGGCGGCCGCAGCUGGGCUCUCCUUCAAAUCCACCAUCUCCGCCAACCCUCUCCACAGCACGCUCUCCCUGGGGCCCCGCCGCCCUUCCGACCCUUCCAAUUCCGCCGCACUCCGCCGCGCUGCCGUCGUCUGGUUCCGCAACGACCUCCGCGUCCACGACAACGAGUCCCUCAACUCCGCACACAAUGAAUCCCUCUCCAUCUUGCCCGUCUACUGUUUCGACCCACGUGAGUACGGGAAAUCCUCAUCUGGGUUCGAUAAGACGGGGCCGUACCGAGCCACUUUCGUGAUCGAAUCGGUUUCCGACCUCAGGAAGAACCUCCGGGCCAGAGGGUCGGAUCUCGUCGUGCGGGUUGGGCGGCCGGAGACUGUGUUGGCCGAAUUGGCCAAAGCUGUCGGAGCCGAUGCUGUGUACGCGCAUAGAGAGGUGUCUCAUGAUGAAGUUAAGGCGGAGGACAAGAUUGAAGCUGCGAUGAAGGAGGAAGGAUUGGAGGUGAAGUACUUCUGGGGAAGUACUCUGUACCAUUUGGAUGAUUUGCCCUUCAAGCUGGAGGAGAUGCCUUCUAAUUAUGGCGGGUUUAGGGAGAAAGUUCAGGGGUUGGAUGUGAGGAAGACGAUUGCUGCGUUGGAUCAACUCAAGGGUAUUCCAUCCUCUGGAGAUGUGGAGCCUGGGGAGAUCCCCACAUUGUUGGAUUUGGGUCUCAGCAGCCCCACUCAGGAUGGAAAGCCAGCAGCAUAUGCUUCUAUGGUGGGAGGGGAGACUGAAGCACUGCAAAGGCUGCAGAAAUUUGCAGUGGAGUGUCGAGCACAACCACCCAAGGGAACCAAUGGCAACCACAACAGCAUAUACGGUGCAAACUUUUCAUGCAAAAUAUCUCCAUGGUUAACCAUGGGAUGCAUCUCUCCUCGUUCCAUGUUUGAUGAGCUCAAGAAAACUGGUAGCAGAAUGAUAUCUGCCUCGAGCAAAAAAGAUGAUGGAAGUGGCAACCCAUCAGGAGACACUGGAAUGAACUGGUUGAUGUUUGAGUUGCUGUGGAGGGAUUUCUUCAGAUUCAUAACGAAGAAGUACAGCGCAACAAAGAAGCAGAUUGAUGGAGCUCCUGUCACGGCUUGUUCAGGUGCUGCUGUUGCAUAGGAAGAAAAAUUCAUGGAUUUGAUUCCUCUGCAUAUGUUUCAGCUAAUCAAUGGACGGAGUUUCGAUUAUGGUUUUCAAAUGAGUUGACGUAUCUCUGUUAUUUUGUUCUCUGGCAAAUAAAAAUCAU